UAUUAUCAUCAUCCCUAUUUUUAGAUUAGGAAGUUGAGACACAGAGAGGUUAAGUAACUUACCCAAAGCAACUCAGCUCACAAAUAGCAGAGCUGGGAGUCAAGCCCAGGCACUUGAGCUCAGGGCUUGCAGAUUUAACCAUGAGGCUGCACUUAGAGCAAUAACAUUGUAAGCCCCACACCAAAAAAAGUAUAUAAAACUAUAAUAAGUAUCAAAACUAGGAUCCAGGGAGCAUGUAAGAGUGACGGGAUACAGACAACUGCUGGCAGCUUUGCUUUGCUAAAACAGAGUAGGGUCUACUUUUUCUUGCUCCAUCACUUAGAAGGUUGAAAAUGCCAUAAGGAAACUAGACUAUGGACUCAGUUCUGUCCAAUAGAUCAUGUGAUUUUCACUGUCAAAAUGACAAGGGCAUAUCAUCCUUUGACAUACCCUAGGACAAGUGGUCCCAAAGUGGAAUGCCCAACACUCACUGGGAGAGCUUAUUAUAAAAGUGCAUGUUCCUUGAUAGUACUACCAGAUUCUGAUUCCAUAGGUCUGCAGCACACUUGGUCAGUCUACAUUUUUGGCUAGGAGUUCCAGGUGAUUCUGGUUCACUGGAUGGAGGAGAAAGCUUUGACAAACAUCAGCCUACACUCUAAGAAAUCCAGUUUCAAAGACGUUUAGAGAAAAGACCGCAAACUGUAUGGAAAUGGAUUUGAAGAAAUACAAAGUCAUGCAUUCAACGGGACAACACUGAUUUCCCUGGAGCUAAAGGAAAAUGUACACCUGGAGCAGAUGCAUGAUGGAGCCUUCUGGGGAGCCACAGGGCCCAGCAUCUUGGAUAUUUCUUCCACCAAGCUGCAGGCCCUGCCUAGCUAUGGGUUGGAGUCCAUUCAGACACUAAUUGCUAUGUCAUCCUAUUCUCUAAAAAAACUGCCAUCAAGAGAAAAAUUUACCAGUCUCCUGGAUGCCACCUUGACCUACCCCAGCCACUGCUGUGCUUUUAGAAACUUGCCAACAAAAGAGCAGAAUUUUUCAUUUUCCAUUUUUGAAAACUUUUCCAAACAAUGUGAAAGCACAGCAAGGAGACCAAGUAAUGAAACACUUUAUUCUGCCAUCUUUGCUGAGAGUGAACUGAAUAUCUGGGACUAUGACUAUAGUUUCUGCUCACCCAAGAUACUCCGAUGUGCUCCUGAACCAGAUGCUUUUAACCCCUGUGAAGAUAUUAUGGGUUAUAACUUCCUUAGGGUCCUGAUUUGGCUGAUUAAUAUCCUAGCCAUCAUGGGAAACACAACUGUCCUCUUUGUUCUCCUGACGAGUCGUUAUAAACUGACAGUGCCCCGUUUUCUCAUGUGCAAUCUUUCCUUUGCAGACUUGUGCAUGGGGCUCUAUCUGCUGCUCAUUGCCUCAGUUGACUCCCAAACCAAAGGCCAGUAUCAUAACUAUGCCAUAGAUUGGCAGACAGGGAGUGGGUGUAGCGUGGCUGGCUUUUUCACUGUAUUUGCAAGUGAACUUUCUGUCUACACCCUCACAGUCAUCACACUAGAAAGAUGGUACACCAUUACCUAUGCUGUUCAGCUCCACCAAAAGCUGCGAUUAAGACAUGCCAUUCCAAUUAUGCUUGGAGGAUGGCUCUUUUCUACUCUAAUUGCCAUCUUGCCUCUUGUGGGUGUCAGCAAUUACAUGAAGGUCAGCAUUUGCCUCCCCAUGGAUGUGGAAACCACUCUCUCACAAGUGUACAUAUUAAUGAUCCUGAUACUCAAUGUAGUGGCCUUCAUCAUUAUUUGUGCUUGCUACAUUAAAAUUUAUUUUGCAGUUCAAAACCCAGAGCUGAUGGCUACCAACAAAGAUACAAAGAUUGCUAAGAAAAUGGCUGUCCUCAUCUUCACCGAUUUCACCUGCAUGGCACCAAUCUCUUUUUUUGCCAUCUCAGCUGCCUUCAAAGUGCCCCUUAUCACAGUAACCAACUCUAAAGUUUUACUGGUUCUUUUUUAUCCUGUCAAUUCUUGUGCCAAUCCAUUUCUGUAUGCGAUUUUCACAAAGGCAUUCCGAAGGGAUUUCUUUCUGUUGCUGAGCAAAUUUGGUUGCUGUAAACAUCGGGCUGAACUUUAUAGAAGGAAGGAUUUUUCAGCUUAUACCUCCAACUGCAAAAAUGGCUUCACUGGAUCAAAUAAGCCUUCUCAGUCCACCUUGAAAAUGUCCCCAUUGCACUGUCAAUAUACAGCUGUCCAAGAUAAGACUAGCUGUAAAGAGUGUUAACUGUUACAUCAGUAACCACAUUAUUGUACUUAAUUAGGUAAAAAUAAAAAACCUGUACCAGUAUUUUAACAAACAGUUCAUUUUAGGAAGUUAUUUAUUCUUAGGUACAUUGGGCAAACAGAUACCUCUACCUAGCUCAAAGUGUGGUCCAUGACCAUUGCCACUCUGAAAACUAUUUGUCAUUGGUACGUGAUGACAUAAAAUAACAGAAGUUGUGAGUGUUUACAAACUUUUAUAGCAAUUUUGACAGUGAUUUUAUGUCUGUUGAGACUAAUAUUUUUUAAAAGUUGGUAUCUUGCACAUCUUUGAUGUUUUCCUCAUUUCAUCUUUGUAAUAAUUUUUAUCACAUUUUAUCAAAAUAUUAAUCCAUAACAGAUUUGAAAUUUAAAAUAGCUGGUUCUUUUCCUCAGAUAGUUGAGAAGCACUCUACAGAUGCACAGUCCAAUUGCUGUCUCGCUCAUUUUCAUAUCCUUUCAUUCACUGACACCUACCAAUUAUUCCAUGAAUUGUCUUUCACAUGAGUUCUUUAUUUUACAUCCCUACUGCCACACCCAUAUUUCAGGCCAUUUCCCUUUCCCGCUAGAGGAUUACCAUAUAGCUCUCUCAUUUUUAUUCAUACCCAAUCUUUUGCAUGUCCACAUACUAAUACCCACCACUGAUUAAUCUCCUAAAAUCCUAUCUCAUACCUGCCAAGAAACUUGACCAGCUUGUCAGUAACUAUAAAUUUAAGUUUUAGCUCCUCACCUAACAUUCAGAGUUCCAAAAUUCAUCCUCAAAUCUGCUCACUUUAUCUCCUGCUGUUAUUCUACAUGAAACAAGUUGUUCCACUUUUCCCUACCCAUGCCCUAUGCAUCUCUAUUCUGGUACCAUGCCACUCUUAUAAUAUGGAACACCUUCUUUCUCUGUCCCCCUUCUGCACACUAAGACCCCAGCUACAGGUUUAUCUUCUUUAUAGAGCUCUCAAUCCACUCCCUCCCUAAUCCACUUUAGUCCAGAUAUUACUUUUACCUGAAAUGAAGUAGGGAAUAAUAAAUAUGUAAACCACAGUGGUUUCUGUCUUUGGACUUCGUUAGCACCUGACGUCUGUUAUCAUUCGUCUUUUAUUCUACACUGCUGGGUAUUAUUAUUAUCUUUACAUGUACAUCUCUUAUUUAACCUAUGUUAUAAAUUUCCUUAGUGAUAUACUCAUCUUUACUCUGUGUGCCUCCCACUAUAUUUAUCCUACAGUCUUAUACGUGGGAGGUGAUUAAUAAUGUUUUAGCUGAUAACUAACAUAUAAAAUAAUCUUAAAGUAUUUCCCCUUAUGAGAUGGUCUUACAGAGAGUGUUUUCUUAAUAUGUAUAAUCUUCACACACAAAUCAUAAAAACAUCAAAUAGGUGAAGGGGAAAAAUAGAAUGCUUGAUAUCUUGAUCUAUGUGAUGGUUACAAAAGUGUAUACACAUGUCAAAAUUCAUCAAGCUGUAUGCUAAGAUUUGUGCAUUGUACUGUAUGUAUGCCCCCCCAAAAAUUUAAUGAAAAAUGCCAAAUACUCAAGAAAUUGCUAUUUCUAUCUUGGUUUUUGUAUUUUUGUUUUGUUUUGUUACCAUUUUGAUAUUAUCACUGAUAGGUUGCAAAAUGCCCAAAAGGGUGAAUCUAUCUGGAAUAACUCAUCUAAAUUUACAAAAUAUUUUUUUUGUCCUCCAUUCAUAACAUUUGUCAUAAAGGACCUGGUUUUAGUUUUCUCAAAACUUAUUAAGUCCAUGUAUAAAUUAGAAAUCUUUAUGUCACAAAGACACAAAGAUUUCAAUAAAUGUGUCCAUAAUUGGAAAUAAUCUUUCCUUCAAAGUGUGCAAUAUUCUUCAUUAAUAUCAAGUUUCCUCCUAAAAGUUAUUUUCAUAAGCUUCCUACUUAAUUUAGCUUUCUAGUAAUAAAUCACAAAGUUUUCUAGCUUAGAGUAUAUUUACAUAAAAAAUAGUAUAAUAUUAACCUAAUAAUAUGAGUCAAAAGAAAAUCCCUAACUAAAUUCCCCUGCUCACCACCCCAAUUAACUAUUGCUAUUCAUUCUUAAGUUAUUCGUUUUCCUACACAACUUACAUAACUGAAACUGACUGCCUCAACCAGAAUUGGAAUCUCAUUGCCUUAUGGAGUCUGAGUUGUACAGAUAAUUAUUUACACAUAUAAUAGCACACUGAAUAACAUAGACAAGCAAUAUAUUCCAGACAAGGUCAUUUCGUCAGUCCCUAAGAGAUUAGUUGUGCAGACUCAGCAAGAUCUUUUUCACCUAUAGGGAGAGGUGGAAAGAUAUAAGAAAGCACUGAAGUAUGAGAGCAUGAGAAAAAGUCUGAAGUAAGAAUUAGGAUACAUGAUACUUUCACAAAUUGCAUUUAACACGGCAAACUGUAACCUCUGUGAUAGAGAUACUUUCUUCAUUAAAGGGUAUAAGAAGACAUUUUCCAAGGUAUUGUGUUUAUAAGAAUUUAGAAACUACUUUAUGUUAUUUGUUAUAAUAUGCAACAAGGAAUGCUUAGCCUAGACGCGAUAAAGUUCCUUAAAGUGAAGUAAUAUAUCAAAGCCAAGUCUUGGGUAAACUAUCAACUUAUAGGGCUUAAAGAAUAAUUUUCUCUUUUAAUGUGGACUAGGAUUUGUCUCUAUGUUUACCACAUGGGUGAAAAAUAUUUUUUUAACUAUGAGUCAUAACCCAUCACUAGGUAGUGAAAUCAGUUUAGUGGGUCAAUAACAUCGAUUUUUUUUUAAUGCAACAGAGCAGAAUCAAAUAAAAAAAUAUAGGAGGCUAUCAUGUGCUAAAGGCAAGCAUGAUGUUCUGAGACUUCGGUUUAAUCUGUCUUUUGUGUGCCUACAUACAUGCAAACAUAUACUGGUUAUUAAAAUCUAUUUCUUAAUGUGGAAGCUGUCCAAAAGUUUUUGAAAACACUGGUUUAGAAAACUUCUUAAGAACUAGGACUUUUUUCUAGUAUUACUUGAGACUAAUAAAAGGGCACCAGGUCCAAAAUAAUUUGAGGCACCUCUUAAGUCUCUCAUCAUUAAUUCUCUCAUCAUUAUAUUAGUAUGCAAGGAUAAUUAUUAUUGCUUUUAUUUUGUGAUAAGCAUACUUUAAAAUUGUUCGGGGUUUUUUUUGCAUUUUGAAAAGAUUAGGGUCAUGAAGGCACACAGAGACACAAAUGGAACUACUGUGACUUUUUCCCCCAAUGAUAAAAUGUACCACAGAUAUAAAAAGGACCAAUAUAACAGCAGCUUUUGUAAUGUGCCACUUAAAAAAGAAAUCACUAAAGCCAACUGACAGUCUAAAAUUCACAGUGGAAAAAAGGAAAGGAAUUUUUGAAACAACUAUUAUUGCCUCUGCCAAAUACCUGAACCAACACAUCAAACCCCAGUUCCCAAGCACAUGUGCUUUGUCAAUAAACUCAGCCCUUGAUUUGCAAUAAGGCUUGCCUAGGGCAAAUACAGAGUGACUGGGUGAUCCAGGAGGAAGGAAGCAGCACAAAGACUAGAAAGUUUAUUCAUGAGCCUGGCAAGGGGGUACAUUUUGGGGGCACAAAGAAUAAGUCCCCCCCCUUUUUGCCUUACAUGUAGAAAAGAUGGACAUUCAUGGUAGGCAACAUCCAUGAAGAGAGCCCAUAGCUCCUGAAGUUCUCAAGAGCCAGAGAAGGAUCUGGAAUAGCAGUGGUGGUAAGGAAAAAGACAGUUACUCUGAGGAUGAAGAGACACAGAUGGAAGAGUUUGAUUAGGGAACUAGCCUACUCACUAGUACUAACUGAAUUCUCAUAUAGCUGCCAACUAAGCUAAUGACAGUAUCCCAUACAUGUGGUCCAAGGCCCAAAAGAUUUUGAAAAGAUCUACUAGUACCUAAAUCCUUUGGAAGGCACAGGACAAGUAUUGAAAUAAAUUAAACCUCCUAAGUGGGGUUGCCUCUGAAAAAGAAUGGGGAAUUUGCCCUGUGACCAGCCAGAUCCAGGUAUCUAAUCCUUAGGGGGCUUCCGCAGACCAUAACCCACUCAUCGCACCACUGCUUUUUGUGUGAUGAUUACUGUCCUGGGAAACACCAUGCAAGCCAAAACUAGGGAUCCUAGACAUACAGACCAUGUACAACCACCCAUUAAGAGUAGCAGAAUGGUGGAGAAAAUGUUCCUUUGAGGGAUCUGAUUCUUCUAAGGAAGAGAGUAUAAUGGAAUAGCUUAUUGGGAUAUUAAUUUGCUUUGCUUUUAUUGCUACAGGAAAAUGGGAGCUAAACUUUAUUUUCUCUCUCUGAUUUUAAGACAGUCAUCCAGGUCUUUUUGUCUUGUCAAAUGAGAUUUCCUAGUCAUUGCAGAAGGUUCCUAAAGAGAACAUAUCUUCUUGACUGUUCUUUUAGAAAGCCUAAACUCAAUGA